GGAGGGAGGGAGGAGGGAGGGAGGAGGGAGGGAGAGAGGGAGAGAGGGAAAAGGAGAGACGAGGAGGAUGAUUAUGAUGAUGAUGAUGAUGAUAUGUCACCAUAUCAAUUCUCCAAUUAA